CGAGUUGUUGUUGUGUUGUGCAAACGCGCACUCCAUUCAUCCAUUCAGCGUCAUUCACCACCCACACCUCUCCGCCCCCCCUCCACACUCCACACUCGCACGUUCAUCAUGUCUGGCACUGGCUUGAUUGCUGCGAUCAACGCGGCCACCUUCGAGUCUGAGAAGGAAGCGGCGAUCGAGAGCUACUUCCGCAACAACCCGCACUGGAUCAUGACCCCUCAAGAGUUUCAGCUCGUUUUCUCCCAGCUGUCCUUUGAUUCCACGAAGCAGCAAGCGGCUGGUGUGAUUGCGCGCACCCACCCGAAGCUGACGUGCGCCCACGUUGCCGCCGCACUCGGCGCCUGCUCCCACGAUUCCACCAAGGUCGCCAUUGCCAAGCUGUUUGCGCCGGGCGUCAUUGACAAGCACAACCGUGCCACAAUCCUCUCAAACUUUUCGUUCUCCAGCUCCAAGUCCGAGGUGAACGCCGCGCUUGAUGCCGCCCCGGCCACCGCUCCACCCAGCAUGGGCAAGGGCAUGGGCAUGGGAACAGGAAUGGCUCCGCCCCCAGCCUCCACUGGGCCACCGGGCUUCUCUCCAUUCGGUCAGCCGCCACAGCGGUCCCCGUACCCACCACAGCAGCACGCUCCUUCGUACCCGCCCACAUCCCAGGGGCCGUACCCACCACAGCAGCAGCAGCCAGGCAACCCUGCUGACAUGCAGCAGGCGAUGCAAGGCAUGGGCCAAGCCAUGGGUCAGGCCAUGGGCAUGAUGCAAGGCAUGAUGCAAGGCAUGGGGCAGAUGAUGCAGGGAAUGAACCAAGGCAUGGGACAAGGCCACCAAGCGUCCUCCGGCCCCUAUGGCCAGGCUCCCCCGCCUGGCCCUUAUGGACAGGCGCCACCCCGCGGUCCUUACGGCCCAUGAAUGACACACACACACACACACACACACAACACGCGAGCGUGCGCCAUGGGCAUGUGUCAUUGGCAUGAUCUUCACCGCUCCCCUUCGAACAGUUGUUACAUUUGCGUGUUUGCCCAUUGUUUGUGCUUUCUGUGAAUUGCACGGUUGUGCUUGCUUGUUUGUCGUCUCGCAUGUGCUUCUGGCUGCUGCCUGUGCUUGUGGUGUGACGUGUGACUCGAACUCCCAUGAAGCAUGCCACCAGAAGCAAACAAGAACCAGUC